CACGGGGCCAAGUUCAACACGCGCUGCUAACAUACGAUCGGUUCACAGCGGAUUUUAGAGAGUUUUGAAAACUUCCAUAUGGCUGAGCUUUUGGAAAGGUUUUCCAAUUCAUUGAGCAAAGCUGAACAAGCGGUUAAGAAUGACUGUCCUGACAAACUGCGAGAUGUAUUAAAAAACGAAAGGACUGCGUUUACAAGUGAUUUAGUAACAGAGAAAAGUUUUGUUAAUCAUCAAAUACGUGAGAACCUACUUCAUUUUGCUGUUCACCAGUCAGCCAGUCGGUGUAUUAAUCUACUCUUAAAUCCACCUUUUUGUUGGAAUUCAGAAUCCCCUAACUCUCUUGGUCAUACUCCAUUAGAUUUAGCUAUGAGGCGACGUUACUUGCCUGUUGUUUAUCUCCUUGCGUCACAUUCAGAUUCUCCUUAUUCUUACAAAAAACACCCCUUUUCUGUUGAGCUUCUGUUGAUUGAGCCCUGUUCUAUUGAAUUGAUAUCAGGAGCAUUAAACGCUAACUAUGAUUCUCAAAACUCUGACUUAGCGUGGUUAUUUGGUUCAUGUAUGUAUGGUGAAAAUAUCCGAUGUACGGCUGGAAAUAUCAUCUUAUUAUUUGAACUACUACUGUCAGGACCUGUUUGCCCACUUAAUACUGCUCUUUGGUUAGCUCUUGGACGGGUUUCCUUAGUGAAUUCUCAUAAUAUUUCUUGUACAUCUUAUCCAAAUUGUUUGUUUAAUAACGACAUUAACAUUUGGAAUACCAGUUGGCAUGAUUUAUUUAUCGCCUGGGCAUCGCAUCGAUCACUUACAGGGAGCCAGUCUAAUGAAUGUGAUCAGCAACACGUUCUUUCUUUCGGUCCUUUAAGUCUUAUGGAUUUUUGUCGAGUUACAAUCAGGAGACAUGUUUUAGCUGUCAUAGACGUUCGUAGACAAGCCUAUAAAAAAUCCAACUCUGUGAAAUAUUAUAAUUAUGCUAGUCUUAUUAAAAAGUUGCCUAUUCCAGCAAAACUACGUGCUUUCUUGUCGUAUUGUGAUUUAUGGCCGGAUUUGGAUAGAUCUCAAGUCAAAGUCGUUAAAGGAAACCAAUUUCAUCGCAAUCAAAUAACAAAUACUAUGAUUAACAAUAUAUUUUAUGAAAAUAUAGAGUUGUAAAAAUUCUAUUAAUUAUCCUGUUUUUAUGCUUCAUUUCAGUCAUAAUUGUAACCGCAAAUAUCAUUUUAUUUUUAAUUUGUUUGUUUCAGAUCAUAAAAUUUUCUGACUUUUCCUGUUCUUCACCGCUAUAUUUUUUUAAUAUUGAUUAAUAAAUUUACAUUUCUCCAUUA